GGGCUCAAAUACGCUUGGAAGCCAUCUUGAAUGGCCGUGGGGCUCCUUCGCAGUCAGCCAAUAUUGACUUCGACAUACAAACACUGCAAACUGAAACGCUUUAUUUCCCCCCUCCUCUCCCUGAUAUCUAAGGGUUGAAAAGACUUCAGAAAGGACACUUGUUAGGCUAACGAGAUGGCUAACUGAGCACUCGGCCAACUCCUGAAAGCUCGCCGAGCCUUCCUGGUUCGCUGUUUUCGAAAACAUUUACGAAUGAACCCUGUGCACAUUUAGUUUCAUCGUUGCAAAGACUUACAAGGGCGAACGUAUUUUUUUUUUAAUUUACCUUUUUUUUAUUCUAAUGUCGAAGCGACAUUAUCGCAGAAAAAACUAUUGACAUUCACGUUUUGUUCCUAAUUCGUUUAAAAAAAAACAAGAAGAAACAAGGCAAGCCAGGGGGAUUAUUAUUGCAUCUGGAGUGGGUUCGCUUCAUUUGGAGACUUUUCACAAAAAGCAUUUAUUGGAACGGAACUCUGUGGCCAAGUGAACAUGAGCACCACCAGGACGGAGAACCCCGUGAUUCUGGGCAUGUCCACGCAGAACGGACAGCUAAGAGGCUCGGUGAAGCCCGCCGGAGCUCCGGGAGGAGGAGGAGGAGGUCCGCAGCAGCUGAAUCAGAUGAAGGGCACAAUCAAUGGUAAUUCCCAGCCAUCGCCUACAACAAACGCUGUUGUAAAGCCUGGAGAUGACUGGAAGAAAAGUUUGAAGUUGCCUCCAAAGGACACGAGAAUAAAAACUUCGGAUGUGACUGCAACUAAAGGCAACGAGUUUGAGGAUUACUGCCUAAAAAGAGAGCUGCUCAUGGGAAUCUUUGAAAUGGGCUGGGAGAGGCCGUCUCCAAUUCAGGAGGAGAGCAUUCCCAUUGCACUGUCGGGGAGGGAUAUCUUGGCCAGGGCCAAAAACGGCACAGGGAAGAGUGGAGCCUACCUCAUUCCCUUACUUGAACGCAUUGAUCUAAAGAGAGACUGUAUACAAGCUUUGGGAAUCGUGCCCACCAGAGAGCUGGCGCUGCAGGUGAGCCAAAUAUGCAUCCAGGUCAGCAAACACAUGGGCGGAGUGAAGGUGAUGGCGACAACAGGCGGAACCAACCUGCGUGAUGACAUCAUGAGACUCGACGAGACGGUACAUGUGGUUAUCGCCACCCCUGGUAGGAUUUUAGAUCUCAUCAAAAAAGGCGUGGCCAAAGUCAAUCAAGUGCAGAUGAUUGUUCUGGACGAAGCAGACAAACUCCUGUCUCAGGACUUUGUGGUAAUGAUGGAGGAGAUCCUGGGCUUCCUGCCCAAACAGAGGCAAAUCCUGCUGUAUUCAGCAACCUUUCCUCUCAGUGUGCAGAAGUUUAUGAAUUCACAUUUGCAGAAACCCUAUGAGAUCAAUCUAAUGGAGGAGCUGACACUGAAGGGCGUGACUCAGUAUUAUGCUUACGUAACCGAAAGGCAAAAGGUCCAUUGCCUUAACACGCUGUUCUCCAGGCUCCAGAUCAACCAGUCUAUAAUCUUCUGCAACUCCUCUCAGAGAGUCGAGCUCCUCGCCAAGAAGAUCUCCCAACUUGGUUACUCAUGUUUCUACAUACACGCCAAGAUGAGACAGGAGCACCGUAAUCGGGUUUUCCACGACUUCAGAAACGGACUGUGCCGGAACCUCGUCUGCACUGACCUCUUUACCAGAGGAAUUGACAUUCAAGCUGUGAAUGUUGUGAUCAACUUUGAUUUCCCCAAGCUGGGAGAAACGUACCUUCAUCGCAUCGGUAGAUCAGGACGCUUCGGACACCUGGGUUUAGCCAUCAACCUGAUCACGUACGAUGAUCGCUUCAACCUGAAAGGCAUCGAGGAGCAGCUGGGAACAGAGAUCAAGCCCAUCCCUGGCAUCAUCGACAAGAGCUUAUACGUGGCAGAGUACCACAGCGAGGGCGGUGAAGAAGUAAAGCCAUGAGCCAAUAAGUCCACCCCCCCUCCUCCUGUCCCUCCUCCACCCACACCAUCUCUGGAUUGGUUUUUGUUUUUUAUCAACCCCCCCCCCCCCCCCCCCCCCCCGCCUGCCUUUUUCUGUACAGUUUUUGUCUUCCUUUUCGAUGCCGCCAUAACAGAAGUGUUUGGACGCCUUUUUUUCCUUUUCUUUUUUUUUCCCCGCUCUGUUUUUUGGAUGAACUCGCCUGCCUUUGAAGGCCGUGCGCUGCACCACUCAACUGAAGACAUGAGCGCUGGGGGGGGAAGGGGGCACGGGACCAGGUGGACAAUGCUGGGGGGCUCAGAUGGAAGUCCAGACCUGAGGAACGACCUCCAUUCUCCACUCUGGAGUUUGAACAAACUUCUAUCAAGUGCCUUAACAAGCAGUUCAUUAGUUCUGAAGUAAUAACCCUUCAUCAGCCGGCGUGGAACCACACUCACCCUCACCUGUCACGGAUUUGAACCAAAAAGGUGAAAUCUCUUUCUGUUCUCUUUUCUUUGGGGGUUUGCUAAUAGGAUUUCUUUGGAGGAAGCUGCUUCUCACUGGCUGAGCAGAGUUGUGGUCUGGCUGAUCCCAGGACUAUUUGGAAUUUUUUUUUUCCUGUGGACAGAAAUGUUGGAUCUGACCCCCCCCCCCCCCCCCCCGACCCCCAGGACGCAUCCUUCGCCGGCGCCGCAGAGACCCGCCCCUUUCCCCAGUCUUCAGCACCAGAACACUAAAAAAAAAAGAGCGGCAGAGAGUCACCAGACAUUCAGUGGAGUUCAUCUGAAGAGAGCCCUUUGUCCCCCCCCCCCCCCCAUCGUCCUGUUCCUCCCCCCACAUCUGGCGGUGGUGGGAAACCUCCCCCCUUAUCUUUGUGUACAUACCUUCAUUUUAAUAUUGUUUUAAAUGUGCGUACAAAGGCCGGCCGACGGACUGAGAAGCCGCCGCCUCUCCUCUCUUGUUAGCACUGGAGGCCCGACCCGCCGGCGCCGCCCUGUUGGCUCUGCCGUUCCGGACUGUGAAUUUAUUUAUAGUUUAAAAAAAAAAAAGAGAGAAGUCCAGCAUUUGCACGGCGAGGCUCAUGAAAUGUUUCCGGAGAGCUCAGUUCUUUAAGCCUCUUCUGAUUGGACGGCGCGUGCAAUCCUCCCAUGAUGCACUUCGUGUUUAAAGCCCCCUCUUUUGCCCCCUCCCACCAUCGCUGCCAGUGUUAACAAGCUCAGAGCGACGGCUUUCUGUUCAAAACCUUCCGGUCGGCGCGGAAGUGAUUCCUCGGCGUAGGUGUGGAAGUACUUGCUGCAGUGCAGCUUCAUUGGCGGCUGGUUGUUGUUUUUUGUGGGGUGGGUGGGUGGGGGGGUUGUAGAUUUAUGCCAUCUGUAAGCACAGCUACUAUUCCUGACAUCUCAGACGCUGCUUUUGCCCCGCCCCCUCCUUUUACUGAAUGUUGGCAUCAAAUGGAUCCAUAAAUGUAGCAGGAAUUGAUUGGCUGCUGCACAACCGGCCCGUGUUGGGUUGCACUUGAAGGGGAGGGGGGGGGCUCAGCCUGCCUCUGUGACUGGGCCUCUUUGAUACUCAUCACCUAGGGUGAUGGAGCACCUUGGAGCAGAACCUUUUUGGAGAACCGGGUCGGGUCGAGCUUUCAGAAAGCGGACUCUGAACCCUCGGUCUGCUGCUUUGUUUGCCCUUUAGUUGCUUUAAGCUGUGUGUGUGGGGGGGGGGGGGGGGGGGGGGGGGGGGCGUUGGGUUUACAAGUUUUUGAAAAAAUGACUUUGUUGGCCUGAAAGUCCCUUCAACCCCCUCGUCGAGUGUGGGCGGGGCCUUCAGAGCAACCGGGUCUCCCCUUUGUUCCAGGCGAGAUGCUUUCGGGCUCCAAUUGGUGAGAAUUUGACUCAAAGAUUCAAGUGGAAGCCGUUCUCACCGAUCGAAGCUCAGGUCCCUUUUCUCAGAGUUGUGACUUCUUACAUCUGAUUUGGUCUUUUAUUUUGGCGGGGGGGUUGAUAGACAAAAGUAAAAUUGACUGAAGCACAACUGAAGUAAAGGGGGUCUAACUUUACAGACGUAUGGCAGCCGUCUGUUUUGGCAGCGUCCUGCAGAAACCUGAACAUCAGUGACUUUUACCUCCAAUAAAGUGGGUGGGGCCUUUUAUUUUUAUUAUUUUUCUUUUCUGCAGGGUUGCUGCCACUCUUUUAGCCAUAAAGACUGAGACAAGAGCAUCUUGCCCCAGAUCGGGUAUCUAAUUGCAUAUUUCUAGAAAUUGUCUCAUUCUUUAAGGCCGUCUUUUUUUUUUUAAUGAAUAAAUUUACCGGGUGGUACAAUCUGGCUGUUUGCUGCCCUGUUGCAGGUUCCCAACCUCGAGCUGCAUCAUGCAGCCCGGCGUUGGGAACCUGCAACAGUUAAAGGGGGUAAAGUGGGAGGGGCCUAAAGGCACUUUAAAUGGUGAUCGGAUAAUCCCAGGUUUGGUAACGGGUCUAACAAGAUUUCAAGAGUUGCCCUUAAGUUUUCUGUUAUCAAGUGUUUGAGCGGAGAAUCAAAAAAUAACGGAAAGAUCUCCGAAUUUACGUAAAUUAAAAGCUUGAGUUCAUCAUUUUAUUUUAAUUUAAAAUUCGUACAAUUGGCAGUUUUCAGUGAAGCACAUUUUACAAACCAGUUCAAUGUCUUGGAUAUUAUUGGGUCAAGUUUUGUUCUAAAGAAAUAAAGCUCACUGAAAUUUAA